CCGUCAACCAUUUCAAAUUUCAACUCUAGCUACUACUCGACAGGCUCUGCUCCUGCCACCACUCAAGUAAUCACAACUCCUUCUCUUGUCUGUCAUUGACAUUCAAGGAGGUUUCAAACUAUUGAAAAUCAUAGAUAUCUCAAGCUCAGCGCUCGGCGCUCAGCCUUGACACAUAGUAUGUCAGCCGUCCUUCCUCCUUCCCUCAUCCUUGUUUCUGGAAUCAAUGGUCACCUCGCGAGUUCCAUCGCUCUUCGUCUCCUCGAGAAAGGCUAUUCAGUAAGGGGUGCAGUCCGUCACCUCUCUUCAGGACAAUACAUCAAGAAAGCGUUCUCAAAGUACGGCUCCAAGUUCGAGUUGGUCCAAGUGGGCAACGACAUAUCGAAGGAAGGUGUGUUCAGCGACGCUAUGAAAGGUGUGUCUGCCGUCAUACACACGGCCUCCCCUGUCACCAUGGACGCAAAGAAGCGUGAGGAACAGUAUGUUCCAUCCAUCGAGGGGACACUCAGUAUCAUGCGCAGCGCCCAGGCAACAGGUACCGUGCAACGCUUGCUCUACCUGGGCUCCCUGGGCUCUGCUGUCCUGGGUCCACAAGAUCCCACGAAGCAGGUAGUUACUCGCGCCAACUGGAAUAUAACGACACCCGAAACACUGAAAAAUCUGGACGAUCCUUUCCUCGGAAUCCACAUCUACGUUGGUUCCAAGUUAGAAGCGGAGCGUGCGGCCUGGAAGUUUGUCGAAGAGCAAAAGCCUCCAUUCACUUUGACUACCAUCCUUGGUGCUUUAGUAAUCGGGCCCAUCUGUUCAAGCCUCUCCGCCCCUCCUCGUCAAGACCAGACUCUCGGUCAAGUCUAUGAUUGCCUUGCGAAACCACCGCGUCGAGAUGGUUUGAAUCCGGUCAAAAGCAAUUUUUGGGUUCAUUCUAGGGACAUUGUCGAUCUAUUUGUUGUCUCCUUGACAUCAGAGAAACCCCAGGGAAAGCGUCUCCUGGGUGUCGCUGGUUUGUUGUCCUGGAUCGAGGUGGCCGAUAUCAUGCGCACGAAGUUCCCUGACCGACCUUACCCUCCGUCGAAGGAGGAUGCUCCUCGGAUGAUUUAUCCAGGUGCCGAAGUCAUCAAAUUCGACACUGCUCUGGAGGAGGAGCUUCUUGGUGGCAGUUGGCGUUCUUUGGAAGAUGCCGUGUUGACUUGCGCGGAAGAUCUUAUUGAGAAAGAGGAGCAUGGCUGGGAUAAGUCUUAAGUAGAAUUAUAUCGAAUGGAUAAAUUGAUACUCUGAGGAAGAGUCAAU